AUGGGAAAGGACCGGAGUUUCUCCCGGCAUUUUCGGAUUUUCAUCCCCAAGAAGCACCGGCAGCGCUUUGACGAGGUGGUGUCGCAGAGCCUCAUCAGCAAACUCUGCCGCUCCAAGAGCGAGCACAGCAAUCGCCUGCGCCGCAGCCGCAGCGAGGAUCACCAGGAGCGGCUGCUCGUGUCCACCCGCGCCAGCUCCGUGCCCCGCAGCCACGAGGAGCUCAGCAAGAGCCUGCGCAAAACCACCUCGCUCAUCGCCAGCAAUGUGGCCUCGGGGGCUGCCCGCAGAACUGUGCGAGUUUAUAAAGGCAACAGGAGCUUUGGCUUCACGCUCCGUGGCCAUGCCCCGGUGUGGAUUGAGUCUGUCCUGCCAGGGAGCCCGGCAGAGAAGGCUGCCCUCAAAGCUGGAGACAGGAUCCUGUUCCUCAACGGCCUGGACAUGAGGAACUGCUCCCAUGACAAGGUGGUGUCGAUGCUGCAGGGCAGCGGGGCCAUGCCCACCUUGGUGGUGGAAGAGGGCAUCGUCAACUUCUCCAAUGACUCUGACUCUGCUGAGUCCCCGAGCAGCUCCUCAGCCCUCACCUCCCUGCAGUGGGUUGCAGAGAUUCUCCCCUCUAGCAUCAAGAUCCAAGGAAGGACGUUCACGCAGCAGCUGGAGCACCUGCUGACCCCACCCGAGCGUUUCAGCAUCUGCAAGGCUCUGGAGGGCUUCUUCCAACAUCGGAACAUUGACACUCUCAUUGUGGAUGUGUACCCGGUGCUGGACACACCAGCCAAACAAGUUCUCUGGCAGUUUAUCUACCAGCUGCUGACCUACGAGGAGCAAGAGCACUGCCAGCAAAAGAUUGACAGGUUUCUGGGGUACAAGGCCUUGGCAGCGCAGAUGGACUGGGGAGAGCAGAGGGCAGGAAGGGUUGACUGGGACCAGCCCAGCUCAGGGCUGGAGUUCUAUGUGGGCCAUAAGCUGGUGGAUGCCAAUCCUGCUGGAAAAAUGGGACUGGAUGUCCCAAUCUCUGUGCAUGCAUCCCUGCCCACCUGGAACCUGCUCAGCUCCCUGGGGAUGGAGCGAGCUGGGAACACCAUACCUGGGAAUGGCAGCUCUGAGGCAGAGGCUGAGGAUCGGUACCGCAGCUCCAUCCGAGGAGCCUCCCUGUGCCGGGGCAGCCUCCGGACCCCCCGCCCCGAGGAGGGGGCAGCAGGCAGUGACACCGUGGAGGUUCCCGUUCACCUGAUCCCUGGAGAGAGGCAGGCUGGUGAUGGCACGUCCCUCCCGGAGACACCCAACCCCAAAAUGAUGUCAGCAGUGUACGCAGAGCUGGAGAACCGCCUGAUCGGGGGCUUGGCUGGCAAGAUGGGCAAUGCUGCCCUGCACAGGACAUCCCCCCCUGCCCCAGAGCUGCCACAUGCUGCAGGUGGCCGCAAGCCGGGGCUGGCGUGGCCGAGCGAGCCGCUGGCAGCCCAGCCGUGCUACUACCGCCUGCACAGCAGCGUGGCCUCCCCGUGCAGCACCGAGUCCAACCCCUACGUCAGCCUGGACAGCAGCCCGGCCCCGUCGCCCAAGCACCGCCAGUACUCGCCGCUGUCGCGACGGAAGAAGCUCUUCACCUUCUCCAGGCCCCCGCGCAGCCGCGACACCGACCGGUUCCUGGACGCCCUCAGCGAGCAGCUGGGACACCGGGUCACCAUCGUGGAUGACUUCCUCACCCCCGAGAAUGACUACGAGGAGAUGAGUUUCCAGGAUGACCAGGGCAGCUAUGUCACCAACGAUGUCAGCAGCAGCGAGUACAUCAGCAGCAGUGACGAGGGCAGCUCCCUGACCUACUCCACGCUCUCGGACCACAUCCCCCCUCCUCCACUCAGCCCCCCGCCCCCGCCGCCCCCCCUGCAGUUCCACGACCCUCAGACUGGCCCCACCAAGGCAGAGGCCACCAAGGCCAGCGUGGCAGCCGCCCCCAAGUCCCUGGUCAGCCACCUGCACCCCAUCCCUCCUCCCCCACCGCCGCCACCGCCGCCCCCCGUGCCCUGCGCUCCCCCCCUGCACCGGGGGCUGCUGCACCGCAGGAGCGACUCCAACCACAUGAGUGUCAAGAGGCUGCGCUGGGAGCAGGUGGAGAACUCGGAGGGGACCAUCUGGGGGCAGCUCGGGGAAGACUCAGAUUACGACAAGCUGAGUGAUAUGGUCAAAUACCUCGACCUGGAGCUGCACUUUGGGACUCAGAAGCCCACGAAGCCAACUCUCAUGCCUGAAAACUUUAAAAAGAAAGACGUGGUUGAAAUUUUGUCCCACAAAAAGGCCUACAACACAUCCAUCCUGAUCGCCCACCUGAAGCUGUCGCACAUCGAGCUGCGGCGGAUCCUGAUGACCAUGGAGACGGAUCGCCUGGAGCCGUCCCACAUCAAGCAGCUCCUGCUCUAUGCCCCGGACGGGGAGGAGGUGCAGCGCUUCCAGAGCUACAAGGAGAACCCGGGCAAGCUGAGCGAGCCCGACCAGUUCGUGCUGCAGAUGCUGUCGGUACCUGAGUACAAGAUCCGCCUGCGCAGCCUGCACUUCAAGACCACCCUGCAGGAGAAGACCGAGGAGAUCAAAGCCAGCUAUGAGUGCAUCUGCAAGGCCUCCCUAGAGCUGAAAAGCAGCAAGAAGCUGGCAAAAAUCCUGGAGUUCGUGCUGGCCAUGGGAAAUUACCUGAACAACGGGCAGCCCAAGACCAGCAAAACAACUGGCUUUAAAAUCAACUUCCUCACUGAGCUGAACACGACCAAGACUGUUGAUGGGAAAUCCACCUUCCUGCACAUUCUUGCCAAAUCCCUCAGCCAACACUUCCCAGAGCUCCUGGGCUUUGCCAAGGAUCUCCCGACAGUGCCGCUCGCUGCCAAAGUGAACCAGAGGACACUGACAGCCGACCUGAAGGACCUGCACAGCACAGUGAGUGACAUCCAGAAGGCGUGUCACAGCAUGCCAGCCAGCGCCGAGGACAGGUUUGCCAUUGUCAUGACCUCCUUCCUGGAGAGUGCCCAGCCUGCCAUGCGCUCCCUGGAUGACCUGCAGCACAAGGCCAUGGAGGAGUUCAGCAAGGUGUUGUCCUUCUUUGGGGAAGACUCAAAAAUGACAACUUCUGAAGCCUUCUUUGGCAUUUUUGCAGAAUUCAUGAGCAAGUUUGAGAGGGCUCUCAGUGACGUGCAGGUGGGCGAGAGCCAGCGCAGCCCCAGGAUGACUUCUCCCCUCGCCUGGUGA